UCAAAAUGAUAUAAUAUUAAGCACGCUAACGGAUCUCGACAUCCGUUGAUUUCAAAACUUUAUACAAUUCUUAAGCUGAGCCACAAAUCAAUUCAACUUGCAACAGUAAACCCAAAUGCCCGAGGCAUUGAUACUACCCGGCAUGGCUGACGCAGAGCCGGACUUAUCAACGUUCGAGAAUAAAACGGGACUCGCCGAGGACAUGAAGUUCCUGGCUUCAAUGCCCGAGCUAUGCGAUGUCACCUUCCUCGUUGGCGACACCCGCGAGCCCGUCUGUGCCGUCAAGGCUGUGUUGGCGUCGCGUUCGCGCGUUUUUGCCAAAAUGCUCUACGCUGCACCGUCACCGCAGCGAAAGAGGGAGACUACCACCAAGGAGAACAAGCUGCGACUCUUCCUCAAGCGUUCCUCGGAGCCCCUGCUCAAUCUACAGAAUGCCGCACAACAGAGAACCGGUUUCACCCAACAAUUAGCUCCGAUACCCGAGCCCUCUGGUCAACAGCAUCAGACGCUGAUCAUUGAGGAGUUCGAGCCGGAUGUCUUCCGCCAGCUCAUCGAGUACAUUCACACGGGCUGCGUGACCCUGCAGCCGCGCACCUUGUUGGGCGUCAUGAAUGCGGCCGAUUAUUAUGGAUUGGAGGAGCUGCGUCGCGCCUGCGCUGGCUUUGUGCAGUGCUGCAUCAAUGUGGACACCGUCUGCGCCCUGCUGGCCUCCGCCGAGCGGUACAUCCAAUACAAGUGCACCAAGACGCUGGUGCAGAAGGUGCUCGAAUUUGUGGACGAGCAUGGCAAUGAGGUUCUGAAUCUGGGCAGCUUUACACUGCUGCCGCAGCACGUAGUACGCCUGAUACUCGCCCGGGAGGAGCUGCGCGCCGAUGAGUUCACCAAGUUCCAGGCAGCGCUCAUGUGGAGCAAGAAGUAUUUCGAUAACAAUCCGAACAUUGACAUCAAGGAGAUAUUGGGAACGUUUCUGGAGUACAUUCAGUUCCACAAAAUUCCCGCCAAUGUGCUGAUGCGCGAGAUCCAUCCGCUGAACUUGGUGCCCUAUGCAAUAAUCAUGAACGCUCUGGCCUACCAGGCAGACCCAGAAAGUAUCGACCCCGGAAAACUGUCUCCCAACUCUAGCCGACCACACCGCCAUCGCCACCACCACCAAUCGCUGCCCAAGAUACGCAAAGCCAAGUCCCAAUCGUUCCGCACUCGUCGCAGUCCCUCCGAGCGCCGCAGCCCCAAUGCUCCGACUCUGACCCUCAACACAAAUGCUACCAGCAGCGAGAAGAAGCGCAGCCCGCUGACACCGAAGAGUCCGGUGAUGCCGCAGCCAGAGUCCAAGAGUCCGGGCAGCAGCUCGCAGAAGACGCCCACCACGCUCUCGCGCCAGGGCACGCUGCGUGCCUCCAGUCGCCGGAAGAACAGUGGCCAGUUGUCCAUCUCGUUGAGUGCUCAGAGCCAGGGUCGGCGCAGUCCAGCGGGUCUCAACGAUCGCAGUCCGCAGGGCCGCCGCAGCCCGCUCUUUCCCAGCAGCGGCCUGAGGUCCCCGAACGAGCAGCCCAGUCCGACAGCGCGUAGUCCUACAGGAGACUCACAGCGGCGCAGCCCGACCUUCAGCAUACAGAUCCAUACGCAGGAGCGCCGCUCGCCCCUGGGCGCAGUCGCCCCCUCGGACUUCAGUUGCCAGGCGGGGCCAUCGAACACGAGGCGCAGUCCCACAUCCACUGUGCACGUGCAGGACAUGGCCACAGAGCCGGAGGAGACCGGCUUCAUUGGGCUGAAGCGAAACUCGAUAAGUCUCUUCACGCCCAUUUACUUUGCCAGCGAGAAACGAAGUCCCAUGGGACCCAUACCGCCCAUUACAGUGUCCAAUCCCGCCGAGACCUACAAGAGUGCAGAGCGCGAACGUGAGGCAGCCGAGGCGGCUGCUCGGGAGAAAGAAAAGGAAGCCGCCCAGGCCCAGCCGCAGCCCGAGAAGAAGAGCGUAAUGCGAGAGAUCCUGGCCUUUGUGCGCAAGCCAUCGAAGCACCUGACAACGCGCACCAAUCGCUUUGCCAAUGCGUUCACCCGGGCCGAGUCUGGCUCGUCCAGCGGACCGCUCAUACGGCAGAGCACGUUCUCGGCCAGCCCGGCAGCCUCGUCGACGGCCGCCAAGAGCGCCGUGCAGAAGCAGAUGUCCGAGGUGGGCUUCGAGCCGAAGAUGUCGCUCAAGUUUGCGCAUUACACGAAGAUGUCCCUGAAGCUGCGUCGUCUAGCCCGUCGGGAGGAGGAGGAGAAACAACAGCAGCAGCAGCAACAACAGCAGCUGCAGCAAAAGUCAUCGGCGGUCAGCUCGGCGUCCGGGUCGAAGCGAGCCAGCACGGACUCGAAUGCGGGCAACGCACAGGAUCAGGUAGGUGCAAGCGGAGCAGAGGAGGAGCUGCCAUUCGAGCUGGCGAAUGUGCACUUUGAGAAGGUAGGUGAGUCCUAUAUCAAGCAUGAGCGACUCCGCGAACUGGUCGAGCCCGAGCUGGAGGCCGAGGACGAGCCCGAAGAGGGCGAGCCGGAGCAACCGGAUGCUGCCAUGGCACAGUUCGUCGAGGACGUGACCAACUCCCUGAAGGUGGUGGCACUCAAUGGCGAGAACGGAACACCGGCUGUCCAUCACUUCACGCGGCGCUCCGAGAGCCGGGAACCCAUCGAGCCGCGGAUCAGCGAGGAGCGUGAGUCCGACUCGAAUGAUCUGAUCAUACCCGACGAGCUGCGGGCGGAGCUAACGGAGAUUUUGAAAGCCUAUGCACCAGAGCCAGUUUAUGUUAAUCUGCAGGCGCUGCGGCGCGAAACCGAGGAGGCCGAGGCGGUGGCACGUGCCGUUGCAGAGGCAGCCGCCGCUGUGGCGGAAGCAGCUGCAGCUGCAGCUGCGGCGGCACCGCCAGCGCCCGAGAAGCUGCCGCUGCAGUGUCCUACUAUUGAGUUUGAGCCGCCAUCGCGUCGUUCGUCCUUCGAUCCGCCGCGCUCGCCGUUCCUGGAACAGCUACGCAGUCCGGGCGUCGAUACGGACACAGAUCUGAUCAAUUUGCAGCGUCUGGACUCCGGCGGCGACAGUUUCGAGAUGGUCGACGGUGAUCGCAAGUCCAGUCGAGCCGAAUCCAGUUUCGACUGCCCCUACUCCUCGCGUGACACCAGCUUCGAUGUGUCCAUAUCCCGUUAUCAGUCCACCAGCUACGAGGAUCAGACCUCUAGCUUCGAGAUCGUCGACACGGACGAUCGCCGUCGACACAUUGAUCUGCGCAAGAGCUCGAUUGAGCUAGUCGAUGCGGAAACCUUUCAGCGUUCCGGCUCCUCCUGCGGCCGCAAGUCCUCCCUGGAGACCCACUUCGACUACACGCCUUCGGAGACGAGCGGCAUGACGCCGGCUCGAUCCCCCAACUUCCCCAUGACCAAGAAGCAGAAGACCGAACAUUUUCGCCAGCUGCACAUCUCGCCCUUCAGUGCCUUCUCGCGGGCACGCAGCCCGCUCUCACAGCAGACCUCCUCCAAUUACAGCUCGCGCGACAGCUACGACUCCAGCUCAUCCUAUCCGCAUGGCCAUGAGCCGCAGCGCAGCCCCUACGCUGACCCCAGCAAGAAGCACUUUCCGCUGACCAUCAAGCAGCGCGAGGAGGAGGUCAAGACAUUCCUGUGCACCGAUGUGCGCUGUGCCUCGAUCUUCGAGCCGCGGCCCAGCUCGGUGCUCACCCAACAGCUCUCCACGGGCUCCAUGUCCACGCCCUCCGCCUCCGGCUACACCAGCGCUCCACGCAUACCGAGCGCCUUGAGCGGGGUGACUGGCGUGCCCGCCUCUGGCACGGGCGUUGGCAUGCCCAUGGGCAUUGGCGUAGGCCCGACGAAUGCCUCGCUGGGUUCCUGUGGAUUUUCCAGCGGCAGCGAGUUCGAGCCGCCCUCGCCGCGGCGGGCGGCCAGCGCCUCGCCCAAGCACACGUUCACAUUCCGCAUCGUGAUGAAGAAGGUUGACAGCUCUCCGGAGGCGCUGUGCCCGGAGCGGCAUCGUUCGCGCAUCAUCGAUCGCUAUCGGCGCCGAGAUAGUCGCCGCAAGCGCAUCCACGAUGCGGGCAAGAGUUUCUAAACGGCGAUCGAGGGCACGAAUCAAUCAAGUGUUAAAAGAAGCUCCCCAUGCUUAGUCAUUGAGAUCGA